AUGCUGUCGGCACCGGGCUAUGCUCACCAUCCCAUGCCCUCAUCAUCACGGUGUGUUGCUCCUUCGCCCGCCGAUCGACCACCGAAAAUGGAUCCCACGCCAUCCGCCAGUUUUCCAUGGGAAAACCCGACUGCAGACGAGCGCUAUGCGUGCUUCCAGUCUGGUGUGCUGCAGCUGCAUGGGCGUCGCUGGCAGGGCUUCGAGGCGCGGUAUGGCAGGCCCGGCGGUGAACACGCCACUGGCCACGUCGAUGUUGGUUAUUAUGGCGUAACGGUCCAAAUCCCCCUCGACGAGUUGCUUUUGAGCGUUUUUUGGCCGAGUCUAGAAUGUCUUUCAGAGUGUCCAUGGUGA